CCAAAAUCACUGACACGUGUAACUUCCAUUUGUCAUAUUAACAACACUCCUCUGAAUCAAUUUUUCGGAUACAAGUGCACAUACCCAAAUAUAUGCCUGUUGGAUGUGACAUAAAUGGAUAACCUGCUUUCUCUCUUCUCUUUAGGGACUACAACAGAUUCUGUUAUACAGAAUUCAUUUUCUUAAGGAUGUGCUUCUUCUUUCUGCUAUUAAUAAUGGGGAUGAGAAAGUGAUUAGUGGUCUUGCAUGCUUGAUGUCAGAAAUUGGACAGGCGGUAACUAUUUCUUGCCAUUUCAUUUGUUUCAACUUAUGCACCCCAUUCUUGACAACUAAAUAAUAAGGCCCCUACACAUCCUUUUUCUCGUUGGUUUACCAUAGGCUCCAUCUCUCAUUGUUGAGGCUAGUGUUGAGGCUCUAGCGUUGGCUGAUGGACUAUUAAGGUAAUAUGUUAGAUUGGGAACUUCCUAUGGAUUCUGUACUUCCCAAUUUUUUGUCAAUAUCUGGAGUGAUUGCUAUCAAGUAAACUAAAUAUGCGUUGGGUUUGUUAUGUGCCUGAUUAUCUGCGUGGAGUUUGCUUAAUGGGUGUAUUACAUGACUUCUAGCUGGGAUAUUCUUGCAAUCAGCUGUUAGGGAGUGUAAGUUAAUGCUACAGCAAUUGACCACUAUAUGCUUUUGAUACUUUCAGUAAUUCAUGUGAAAGGGUUCUUUGCAUGAUGCUUCUUGUUCCAGAUUAUGUUUUGCUGCUUCUUAUCAGUUGGUUACUGCAGGUGUGUGGGAUAUCCAAGUGAAGACUGGGAAAUUGCAGAUUCAACAUUGCAAUUCUGGUAUAAAUUAUGUUCUACUUAUGCUUAUUGCAACACUUGGUGUCCCGUGUUUGUUCAGAAAUCCUAUGUAUGUGAUUAGCUGAAUAUGUUCUAUGGGUUAUCACUGUUUUAUUUAUGCAAGUUUUUGAUUUGGAUAAACCUGGGGAUCAGGUUGGAUUGGCCCUUUCCAUGAUAGCUUGAUAAUAGUGCUACACACUGUUGCACCCACUUUCCCCCCUGUGACUUGGGGAAAACAAUCCGACUUGUACCCCUUCUGAGUCCCGCACAAUUAGUAAAUUUGCAUAACUUUUCCCGAUUGGGACCCGUGGAUGAUGGCCGCUCGUUCAAUCAGAACUCCAAAAAUAUUUAAUUGUCCCUCCAUUUCUUAUCCCCUAUAUAUGAAUACUAUCGUUGUUUUGGAUGCUGGAUAUGACUUUUUGCCUCUACAAAGUUUGACUUUUGUGCACCACUUGGGGCUUUAGUAAUGUAAAGAUAGUUUUUUGUUUCCGUCUCUGGCUGUCUAUUGAUUAUUGAAUUCUUUUGGAUAGUUUGUGUGGGACGAUAUGGCGAGUGUAUCAUGCUUCUAUCUAGAGCAUGACCUAUCGAUUGAAACAGCAUCACUCAAUUGUGCUCAUAAAAAGAAUGCUGAAUCGUUCAUCCUUCAUACUGUUCUAUCAUGCUAUAUGACAAUGGAAAUAUUAUUAUUUGUAUGAUUUGUAUUUGGUGAGUUGCUUUGAGACAAUGCUUUUCACUGUCAUGGUAUUUGUAACUCUGAGCUUGUUUUACAGGUCUAGCCUUGCAAGCUAUAUACUUGGCCUUGAUGCUAGUGGUGCGGUAGACAAGAAACAUGUGGAAGCCAUUUUCUCCUCCAUCUUCUUAACAUUGGUUGAUGCACUUUUAUUGCGAGCCCAGGUUUGAUUUUGAUCAUCAAUUUCCCUUGUUUUUUUCUUCUGUCUUUCUAGUCCUUUACCAUCCUCCACCAUUAAUAUAUGGAGGUUCUUCAUCAGAAAAUACUUCAUUAAGAAUCUUAAGGCCUAUGAGAGAACUAGUAAGGAAACCUUUGUCAUUUUAGUGAAAUACAAAAUUAUUUUUAUGAUAUUAGUCGGUUAGAAUAUUUUAAGAAGUUACUAGUCGGGUAGAAUUAUUGUUUGGUUAUUAUAAUUAGGGGUUAGUGGAGCCGUAGAGGAUGUCACCGAAUUAGUGGCAAGUAUUGUCAUUUAUCACCAGGAUUGUUAUUAGUUUCAGGAGUAGUUUAGUAAAUUGGCAUUAUUAUCAAGUUUGACAUACUUCUCUAAAUGGUAAGGAUAUUUUAUUUUCAACGGACUAUAUCGUACUCUGCUAAUCUGUUCAUUCUCUAGUGUUUUGGUAGAAAUUCCCACACACUGCUAAUCUUUUCAUUCUCUAGUGUUUUUGGUAGAAAUUCCCACACAUUCUUUCAUGAAAAAAACAUGCAUAUUAAUUCUGAACAUGCAAGGGAUGCCUUUGGGGUAGAGGUGGCAAAUGGAUUGGAUUGGUGGAUUGGUGGAUUGGAUUGGUGGAUCCAUGGAUCAAAUGGAUUGGAUCUAAUGGAUUGGUGGAUUCAUGGAUUGGAUAAGUGGAUUGGUGGAUUAUCCAUGAAUCCAAAUGACAUCCUCAACCAAGGACCAAUAUGUAAAAUGUAAAAAGUUUAGGUACUAAAAUGUCAUAAUGAAAAAUUUUAGGUACCAAAACGUAAUUUUCCAAUGAUAUUUUCGUAUAAAAAAUUAAAUUUUAGGUACCAAAAUGUAAAAAAUAAAAAUUAUAGGUACUAAACCGUAAUUUGCCAAUGAUCCAUGGAUCCAAUCCAUGAAUCCAUCAAUCCAAUUGGAUUUGGAUAAAAUGCAUUGGAUUUAAAUGGAUUGGAUUAGGUAGAUAUUUUUAAUGGAUUGAUGGAUUGGAUUGGUGGAUUGGAUUGAAAUUGCCACCUCUACUUUGGGGUGUUUAUGCCAGGAAGUUAAGGGAAGGCAAAAGGGAGAACAAAUAUACUUAUAGUGGCUGUAAGUAUGUUGAGAACAUUAGAGAAACUAUGCAACCUAAGUAUAGACUGGAUUCAGUUCCGUGUCCUUCCUCUGCUCUCCUCCUUUAUACUCAUACAGGUUUUGUAGGGGUGUUCAGUCUAACUAUGCCAAUGUAUAAAUGUGUCAGGUGGCCACUUACGGUAUAUGUAAGUGCUAACUGUUUCCAUUCCCAUGGAAAUGAUUUAACCUCAACAAACUUAAGAGUCCCGUUUGGUAAUGAGGCUUCUGGAAAUGGCCAAUGGUUGCUUUAAGUGAAUAUAACUGCAGGCAUAAACUAUGAAAUAAGGUGUAUUUAGGAUAAAAUAUUCAAUUAAGUUCUUGUUUGCUAUGUUCACUGUGUUGGAACUUUGCCUCUAGCAGGUUGACGAAGCAACAUUUAAUGACCGGAGUGGUGUUCUUGAACUACCUGAUGGUCUUGUCCAUUUCAGGAUGAAUCUUGUUGAACUUAUGGUGGACAUGUGCCAGCUUGUAAGACCUCCCCGAUUUGUACAAAAGGUGCUUGGUUCACUUAUUGGAAGAUAUGCAUGUAGUUUUAUUUGAUGACAGUAGCUAGCUUAGUACAUUUAUUUUUUGAAUGGGAUUUUAAAGGUUUGGAUGAUCUGCUUAAUUAUUCCAAGCGCCCAGAUGGUUGACCUAGUAGAGAAGAAAAAUAAUUCCUCAUUCGUGUUCCUUAGAUAUGUUCAGUUCCACUUGCUAUGCUUUCCAUUGAAAUUUUAAAUGGUUUACUCAGACUUGCUGCAUUUUUAUAGACGCUUAGUUCUUAAAAUUCUAGGAAGCUUUUGAACCCAGACUAUAGAAGGAACUCUCAGAGUCUUGCUUAGUGAUGUACUUGAUAAGCAGGUUUCUACUUUGGAGAUUGCUUUCGUAUAGUUUCUCUGUUACAGUGAUCUCUUAAUGGUUCACCAUGAUAUUUUGUCAAAUAGAUGGAGUUUCAUAACAUGUUGAAUCUUUCCAUGUCCAUCUCAUUGCUCUCACUCUUCGUGCUUCUCUGCAAAUGGGAUUCUUUCAAAUGCAUAAAGCUUUCUGAUUCAGAUACCUUCCGCAUAUAACUCAACAUUCUUACUAAUUAUAUAAAUCUUCUGUAGCUCCUUUUUGGUGCCUGGCCACCAGCAAAUGUACCAAUUCCUUGGAAAGAGGUGGAAACUAAAUUGUUUGCUCUUAAUGUGGUAAGUCCAAUUUAUACCAAUUGGUAAUUUUUGGUCAUGUUUUCAAUUAGUUUUGCUGAGUGCCUAUUAUUUUAAAUUCGUAAUUUUGGAGUGGAUUGAAUAAAUUCGUAAGUUUUCAAUUAGUUUUGCUCUUUCAAAUGCAUGAAUGGAGUGGAUUGAAUAAACGGGCCUGUUAUUUCUUCUUAAUUAUUUCAGUAUAAUUUCCAAGAGGGUAUUUCAUUGUUUAAAUAAGAGAUGUCUCUCCUACAACAAAUCAAAUGCAAGGAGCAUUAUCACUCUAAUCAUGAUCAUAUGUUCUUGCACCCAAUGGCAUCCCCUGACACCUCUUAAUACACAAUGAGAAAAAUG